AUGUGUGAAAAGUAUACGUGUAUUUGUUUGUCACCAAUUGGAAAUUUGAAAAUAUUGUAUUGCUUAAACGGUUUACACUCCAUCCAACAAGUUGAAAAUAUUAACGAUGAAUCGUUCCAACCAAACAGAAGUCAGAUGGUUACGAUCGAAUCAAAUGAUAAAAAUGAUUCAGUUAUAGUUGAUAGUUGUAUUUCAUGGCUUCAAGCUUAUUUUCAUGAUCCAGAUAAACUUUCUUUGAUUGAUCAACCAAAAUUGUGUAAAUUUAUCAUUGAUGAAAACGCGUUUCAACAUCGAGUAUGGUUAAAAUUAUAUGAAAACGUUAAGUAUGGAAAUACUAUAUCUUAUGGUGGUUUGGCACAGUUAGUCGGUAGUCCAAAUGCAGCGAGAGCUGUCGGCACGGCUAUGAAAUGCAAUCCAUUCCAGUUACUUGUACCAUGUCAUCGUGUUAUACAAGGCAAUGGAAAUACUGGAAGAUAUUCAGGUGGUAAACGAAAUACUGUUAAAAUGUGGCUGUUGAAACAUGAGAAAACAAACAUUUAA